AUGCACACUUCUGAGACACCUUCAGCUGUGAAUAAAGUCAAGCAACUUUUACAGAACAAACCAGAAUAUAUCGGCCUCAAAGUUGGUGUUCGAACCCGAGGUUGCAAUGGCCUCACUUACACACUAGACUAUACUAAGGAGAAAGACAAAUCAGACGAGGAGGUGUUACAAGAUGGCGUGAGAGUGUUCAUAGAGAAGAAGGCUCAGCUGACGCUGCUCGGCACGGAGAUGGAUUUUGUUGAAACGAAACUUUCCAGCGAGUUUGUGUUCAACAAUCCCAACAUCAAAGGCACGUGUGGCUGUGGGGAAAGCUUCAGCAUAUGAACCUCGCCGCUUGAGCCCUCCAGGACAUCCAGUCCAUAUCCUAGAUUCAAACAUCCAUCAUGAAGAUUUGUGGGUAAAGAGCUGGAGAAAGAGACUGAUAUUUAGUGGCCUGUUUGGCCAUCAUGUCCUGUGCUGCCUCCGUUCACCUCGACACAAACCCAGAAAAGCCCUGCUUACAAAUACAGUCGUUAACUUAAAAAUGUUUUGUUUGUUCAUUUCAUUGCUUGAACACACUUUAUUGAGCAGCUUGAUGUGUGUUUAAUGUGCCUGUGUCUUAUGCGGAUCUGAGGAGGGGUCCAGUUACACUCCAUGUUAGUGGUUCAAGAGGAAUUACUUGCUUUGGCGUUUUCUCAGAAAGUUGUGUGUCGUCCAGUCGCUCUGAUAGGGAUUCAUAUUUGAUAAUUCAGUUAUCCUGAUGAGCUGAAACUGCUGGAUGUCGUAACAUGUCCUCCUUACAGCAACGACCUAAAUCUACACCUCAAGAAAUCUGCAGCUGCUUCCUCAUGGCUGUUUUGUGCACAUUUGGUGGAUUGUGGACCAGCAGUGCAAAUCUGUGGUAAUCUACAUAAUAUUGAAAGGUUUCUCUGUCUGGUGGAUGUCGAGCGAGUAUUAACUUUGCACUUUCAGCAUGCCACGUUUUGUCAUUUGCUCUAUAAUGUGAUUAACAAGCAGCACAGGAACUGAUGCCAUGUUUUGAAAUGCAGUUGUUUGACUUGAACUUGUUUUCUGUUGAAGUAUGUACUUCACAAUGUAAAAUCCCUGUCUUUUAACGCACAAAUAAACUUCCAUUCUACAUAUAAGCAGGCUGGUUCUUGAAUUAAAGGCCUUUUAUUGUCCUGCAUGUGGCACUGUUU